AUGUCUGUUCCAUCGAUGAAACAAUAUUUUGAGCUUUUGCCUCCAAAACUAAAGAGUUUUUUUAAAAAGUAUCCUCCACAUUUAAAUUAUAGUGACAGGCCAGUUUCAACCUUACUACCAACUGCCAACCCUUUCUUACCUAAUAAGCAUCCGGUUACUGGUAAGUAUCACGAACCUAAGUACUCUUUGAGACGCAUGAGUGACAUAUACAAGUUAGCAUAUACGUAUGGAAUUCAAGAUUUUUUACCACCGAGAAACAAGUUGUUCUUUGAAGAAAAGUACAACCAAAAGAAGAUAGUCAAGGGUGUAAUCUUUCCCAAGGGUCAUAAAUACGAGUUAUCGCAUGGUAUGAAGAUGAAAAAGAUGGAAGAAGCCAUUAAAAAUGCAGAUAAAUACAUCGUGGAAGCUAGAGGCUCUAAAUACUUGAAAAAGCUGGAAAGGAGAAAGAGAGAGGGGACUAAAAGCUGGUUCUGA